CAUAUCAGUACUGUGUUUCGAAAACAUUAUUUCCAAAUUGCCAAGAGAAUCUCUAACCAUGGCAGGAGCUCCCAUCUCCAAAACCCAACUCACAAUUCUCUCCUUCCUUCUAUCCCUAGCCCUAGUUUUCGUCCUCGGAACAGCCGAAGAUGGUUUUGUCAGAGCCAUGGACAGGAAGCUUCUAGGGCUAAAAGAGGAGAAGCUCAGCCACUUCCGGUUCUACUGGCACGACAUAUACAGCGGCAAAAACCCCACCGCCGUGAGGAUAAUCCAACCUCCGGCCAACAAAUCGAAAAGCGGGUUCGGCAUCAUUAGCAUGAUCGACAAUCCACUGACAGAAGGGCCAGAAUUAAGCUCGAAGUUGCUAGGAAAAUCUCAAGGGUUUUAUGGUUUAGCUUCACAAGAAGAUAUUGCCCUACUUAUGGCUAUGAACUUUCAUAUAGUUCAAGGAAAGUACAAUGGGAGCACUCUCACCAUCCUUGGCCGAAACCAGGUGUUCGAUAAGGUUAGAGAGAUGCCUGUGAUUGGGGGCAGUGGUCUUUUCAGGUUCGCACGUGGCUACGCUCAUGCUAGCACUCACACGUUUGACCCUUCUACUGGCGAUGCUGUGGUUGAGUAUAAUGUUUAUGUUCUUCAUUACUGAUACUAUUAGUUCUCUCGUGAUUUUAAUGUUGAACUCCUGCUUUCAUACUUUGAAAUAAUUUAUAUAUAAUAUAAUAUGAUUUCGUGGGAAUUAUAUUUUGGUAGAAUUGGACAUGUUUUUUUGGAUCUAAAGUAUGUGUUAUAAAUCUUGGUUGUAAUACAACUGAUUAAACUUGUGUUA